CAAGGAAUGUACAGAGUGACUUUAGUAACUUUCAUCCACUUACAUAAUUUCAUUAUUCACAUGAUUCUCAGUUGCCAAUAGUGUCACGAAACAGUAGGUUUAUCUCACAAAAUGGAAAGGUGGAUUCUCAUCAUCACGGUAAUAAUUCCAGGUAUCUGGAGUGGAAAUUGGAAGGUGACCCUUACAAACCAGUGUGCUCUGCGUGGGACAUCAAUAGUUUUACAGUGCACGUAUGACUAUCCCCUUGGGAAUAUUGUUCAGUCAGUCAGCUGGUCUAAAGCCAUACAAGUAUCUGGCCACCUGAAACAGUUUCCCCUUUCCAAGCUACCUUCACCUCCAGACCACUUUAACUACAUUGGCAACCAGCGGGGUGACUGCAAUCUGAAGGUCAAUGAUGUCCAGUUCUCUGAUGAAGGAGCCUAUUCUUUUACUUUUACAACAUUGUUCAGAACAUGGGAAAGUAAAAGCUCUGCUUAUUUGUCUGUGAAAGAGCUGACCGCUGUUGUGAUGCCCAACACUGUGACAGAGGGAGACGCUGUCAAGCUGAUCUGUAGGUCAGGUUGCCCUAAAAGGGUCAAUAUUUUCUGGUACAGAGAUGGACAACAAAUUUUCAGUUCAGGUUUUCAGGCCAGGAGGCAGGAUGCUGGGAGAUACUACUGUGCUGUGUCCGGACAAGAGGCGGCCAGAUCUGCCUCUGUGGUUCUCAGUGUUCACUAUGCUCCUGAGAAGGUAACUCUGGCAGUGAGCCCAUCAGGAGACAUUAUCAUAGGAGACACAGUUACUUUCACCUGCAGCAGUGAUGCCAGCCCUCCUGUGGCUCAAAGUGGAUACAGCCUGUACAAAGAUGGAGAAUUUAUCAGUUUGGGGUCAACGUUCGUCAUCUCUGACAUUCAGCCCAGUCAAAGCGGACGGUACCACUGCCAGGCCUCAAAUGGCAUCAGCCAGCGAGGCAGUGAUUUGUUUUACUCAGAAGAGAUUAACCUUGACGUCCAGUACCGUCCCAUGAACAUUACCAUUUCAGUCGAUCCACAAUAUGUUGUGGAGGGCAGUAGUGUAAACCUGACAUGCAGCAGUGCUGCAAACCCUGCAGCAGAUAACUACACCUGGUACAAGAGGACGGACUCUCCUGGCUCCAGCUGGCUGGCCCCAGUGGGCUCAGGACAGGUUCUGUCUCUUCCCUCUAUGGGGGCAUCCAACACUGGUUUUUACUUCUGCAAUGUCAGGAACCGUUUUGGAGAAAACAAGUCAACUGAGGUGAUGCUAGGCAUGGCGGAAAAGCAGCACGGUAUCCAGCCCAUCCCAGUCUUAGUUGGAAUUGGAGUCUUUCUUAUAGUGGUGUUAAUGGUGGUGUUGCUUCUGUUCUGGAAGAACAAGCAAACCACCCCACACAAAAAACUGACUGGAAGAGGAACAUGCGCUGAGCAUCCACCUGAUGCUGUUUAUGCCAAUAUUGACAAGUUUGCCGUCUCUCCUCUGCCUGUCUCUGCCCACGCUGUCACUUCACAGGACUCACAUCACAAAGCUUCAGUUUCUAAUGAGGACUUGGUUACCUACUCCACAGUGACCAUCAAACCCAAAAACCAGAGUCCUCAACACCACAUAAACAACAGCAGGUUGUCAAACAACUCCUCGUCUAGUGUAAGACAGAACAGCAACUCUGUGAUCUACGCCACUGUAGCUAAACCCAGCUGAUGUUCCACAUCUUGUCCUGUGGAGUCGUCCUCUUAAGCUAUUUAUUUGUAGCACCAAUGUUGUUUAAAGUGUGAAAAAUUAAAUUGCAUUUUGUAUUUAUAUUUAAUAGGUUUUAAAGUGUGUGUUACAAUAACAGUUAAUAUUAGAUCUUCUACAGAGAAAUAUGAGAUGGUGUAAUAUUAUUUUACUGGACAUGAAUCCUUAAGCUGCAGCUAGAAAAUCAUCUUGAAACAGCCCAUAAUCUUAUUCAUGUCUGUUGUGUCAGAAAGAUUUUAUAAUUGUUUGGCACUACAGUCCCAACUGUAAAUAAUAAAGGCUUUCAAAGUAAAUAAAUAGUUUAAACACACCUGUUUUUAUAAUUAGCUUUUAUUUCCAUAUAACAUUCAAUGCAACAGCUUUCAUCUUACAAUAUGCAUUUCUCAUGUACAUAUAAUCGCUAUAAAACAGACAUCAAUCAAACUGCUGGUGGGUAGUUUGGGACAUAAUAACUUGAAGAUCAGUUUCUUGUGUCUGAAACACAUUACAUUCUGUUUAGUCAACAGUUUUCCAUCCACUCCAGGAAAAGCUUCCACAUUUAUUUGGAAGAGGUACUAGACACAACACACAUUCAGUGAUAACUACUUUUCUCUUUUCAUUUUUA